CAGGUAACACACCUGUGUCACGGUAUCUUUAAAAUGGCUUUUGACGCUCAUUGACGUAAAUUCAAUACGCUUUUAACGAUUUUUUUCGACAUUUUCACAAGUAUAGGACGAUGUUUUUAAUCAAGAUGUAAUUUGGACAGAUUUAACCAUGAAUGGAUCCCGCAAAAUUGUAUUGAUCUUAAUUUUGUUCACGGUUAUCCUUCUCGCGUUAUUUUAUUCUGAUUUUAUCUGGAGUAAACCUUCAGCACAUAUAGUGAGAACUUCAAGUUACAGCAAUUCUUCAAAGACUGCAAACAUCCUCAAACCAAAUAUAGGGCCUUUCCGCAAUGACAAUCCAACACCUUGUUCCUGCCAAAAGACGGAUCCUGCAAACAAAUAUGUGUCAAAAGACGAGCUGGAGGAGAUGCAGAAACGCCGUGCGGAAGAGUUCAGACAACACCAGAUCAGGACAGGCAGAGAAAAUGACGUGCUUAUUCUGGCUCCUGCAAACACUCCACUCCAGUAUCCAAUUAAAGGCUUCAGAGUCACUCCUAUGAAUAAAACACGCAUUCCUGGUCUAGCACUGCAAGCAGAAGCGAGACCCGUUUACAAGGUGACUCUAAGGGUGCAGAAGGGGCUUCUCUCAGUGCUGGAUGAGCAGUUUGGAGAGCUGGUGGACGGACAAAACGAGAAAGAACUGAGCAUCUCGUCCAGCAGCCUAAAACAGCUGAACGAGCUCCUGAGCAGGCUGACCUACACCAGCACAGUCUACCACAUCAAAACACAAGAUCUCGCGUAUUUCUCUUUUGACAACCAUGAGGUCAUAUUCCCAAUUGAGAUCAGACGUUUGUCAGUUCCUGUUUUGUUUGACCCAGGGAAAGAUGUGAACUCACAGGUGACCGUGCUAAUUAAAGUGUUUUUGAGAUAUAAAGAGCUGAAUGUCCUCAUACAGAGCAUCCGCUCGCUCUAUCCCAAAAUCAAGAUCAUUGUUGCUGAUGACAGUCUGGAACCAGAGAAGGUGAAGGGUGAAAAUAUCGAGCAUUAUAUAAUGCCGCCGGCACAGGGCUGGUUUGCAGGCAGAAAUCUGGCAUUGUCGCAGGUCACAACAAAAUACUUCCUGUGGGUGGACGAUGACUUUGUGUUCCUGGAAAACACAAACAUCGAGAGCUUUGUGAAGAUUAUGGAAGCCAAUCCUGAACUAGAUGUGGUUGGUGGUCAAGUAGAAUCGAACCAGUUUUCCUUCAGGCUGGAGUAUGAGGAGGGCAGCAGCGAUGAAGGUGGUUGUAUCACACGUGUAAUGCGCACCGGCGCACCUCUGCCAGGGUUUGACGGCUGCUUUUUUGUAGAUGGAGUCGUCAACUAUUUCAUGGGUCGAACGGAGGCUGUGCGAAAGGUCGGAUUUGACCCAUUCCUCAAAAGAGUGGCUCACACUGAAUUCUUCAUUGACGCACUUGGAGAUUUAUUGGUCGUCACCUGCAAAGAUCUCAAGAUCGGACACCAAAAACACAGUAACACAAACAAGUACUCAUCCUACAGGCAUCCCUCAAAAAGUGACUCGAAUGCAAAAAUGACCCACCAUUUCUUCAAGAAUCAUCUAAAAUGCAUUAAAUACUGAGGCGGCGGAGGUAACGAAACAUUUUUAAAGACUAUUCGAAACGUUUACAGGUAAGCUGAGUGCUUCAAUUUAUUGAAUUCAAAAUUCCGGUUCUAUCCAUUGAGUAAUCUGAUUACUAAAGAUGUUGUUGAGGCUCAUGGGUAAUGGGAGUGUGAAAAUGUAAAGGGUUUUGUUUACUUCUUUUUAAUUCAAAUGUAAUUUAUAUGGGUUCUUCGUUAAGUGGAGCAAAAACAUUUAAUUAUGUGCACACCUAAUUAUGUGGUUGUUAAAGUAGAGAAUGAGGUGAGGUUGAAAUGAGGGCUGUUGAAAUAAGUCUACAAAACUUCUGGGUCUGAAAAACAUUUGCUCUCAUGCGAUUCUUAGGUACUGCAUACAUAUACAAUAAGCAUUAUGCAGAAAUUCUGUCUGGUUAGUUAUUUAAUGUAUGACCUUUCACUCACUUUGCUGCUAGUUUUUAAUUGCUUAUAUAAAUCAAACAUUUAUACGAGUAUAAACCACCAGCAAAAAGGUAAAAGAACAAAACUGUUAAAUGAAAACAAUAAUAAAAAAAAAAAGAAUAAAAGAAACCGCUUUUCGGUUUACAUGCUUUAUUUAUAAGGACUUAUUAAAAAUAUUGGUUAAAGUCACCAGUCUUUUACAAAUAGUUCUUUGUUUUUCUCUUUACCGGAUUUGCACUGUUGCCACAUUUUUUCAUUGUUAUGCCUAUAAAGAGUUUAUGCUCUGCUGUCGUUUUAUUUAGGAAAAUACUUAUGAUGUUCUUUAACAAAAAAACAGCAUGUUUGCACUUCGUUAGUUUUAGAUUGAUCUGUUUUUAAAGUUUACGUCGGGAAAAAAAACUAUUAUGGUAAAUUAUGGGACAUUUCUUUGUAUGGCCACUGUGAACAGUUGCUGUGUCCAAGACUGCUCUCUGUUGUGCUGUAUCAGGCAUCAAACAUUUUGCGCUGGUGUCUGAUUAUUAAAUCUUUUUACCUACAAUCCACUUUGAUUUUAAGCAACAACCCAGGCUCAUUCUGAAAACGUAGUCGAGGACGUUUCUGGAGAACGCGAAUUUUGUAGCCGGAGGUACAGGCUUUAAUCGAGCGCUGCGGGGCGGUAUGACGCAGUUCCUUUUAGCGCUCGCCGGCUGACCUCUUACCUUCGUGUGGAGGGCUUUCCUGCCGCAACCAGUUUGUCUGGUUAGCUCGUCCUGUACGUCGGCGGACUCGAGACGCAGAGAGGAGCUGACCACGACGACCGGGUUCGAGUCCAGGGAAGAGUGGUCCAGAAAUCAGGUAAGAGUAAAGCAGAAUCCAAGAAAUAAAGCGAAGAGGUUUAUAACAGGGUGAGAAUGUGGUAAAAUCUGAAAACGUGGUUAAAAAAAAAAAAAAAUCGGACGAGGUCUUUUCUUUUUCCGGACGGCUUUUGCAAAUUGUUGGUUGGGUUUAGGGCGGGCGGGUCGAUCAGUAAAAUUGGUUGGGUUCGGGGAAGGAGGAGGGUCCAGUCGCCCAGUCAAUCAUUAGGACAGACAGACAGACGUUCAUUCGACAGCGGCCACUGGUGGGUUCGAGUGAGAACAGCAUGGGCACGAACGGCACUCGCGGGAGACGUCUGAGAAGCCAAAAAGGCGCACACAGCGGCCUCUCGUGGAUUCGUGAAAACCAAAAACUGCAAAAAUGCGUACCUCCCGGGACGUAUUUCGCGGUCUCCAGAAACGUCCUCGGGACUACGUUUUCAGAAUGAGCCUGGGUUAGUUUUAAGUGUACAUACAAUCAGGCACCAUUUCUCAAUGCUGGAUUAUCUGUCUGUCUGUCUGUCUGUCGUUCUAUUUAUCGUUCCAUUUAUCUAUCUUUCCAUCUAUCUAUCUAUUGUUCUAUCUAUCUGUUCGUCCGUCUACCUACCUUUCUGUCUGUCUAUCUAUCUAUCUGUCUGUCUGUCUGUCUGUCUGUCUGUCUGUCUGUCUGUCUGUCUUUAUCCAUCCAUUCAUCCAUCUAUCUAUUCUAUUUAUCUUUCCAUCCAUCCAUCCAUCUAUCCAUCUGUCUGUCCGUCCGUCCGUCUACCUACCUACCUUUGUCUGUCUACCUACCUGCCUUUCUAUCUAUCUAUCUGUCUGUCUGUCUGUCUAUCUAUCUAUCUAUCUAUCUGUCUGUCUGUCUGUCUGUCUGUCUGUCUGUCUGUCUGUCUGUCUGUCUGUCAUUCUAUUUAUCUUUCCAUCCAUCCAUCCAUCUAUCUCAGGUACAAUUCGAACCAAAUUUAUUUGUGUUUUUAAAGCAACUUGUGUUUUUAAAGAAACAAAAACCGUGGGUGUAGCCAGCCUCAAAAAGUGGACCUUUCUUCCUCAUUUAGGCUGUUUAAUUAUGAGAUUUAAAUACUGCAUUUUAGUGACAUUUUAAGCACUAUUUUAGCUGAAAUAGAUUGCCGGAUGGUCAUUAUAAUAAAAAAAAGUUCAUUUAAAAUUCAUGGAUAACAACAAUAGCCAAAAAAGUAUUCAAAUUCAUUUUAAUUUGGGUCACUUUUGGUGCUUCACACAUUUUUAUUGGUCAUUUUUUGUUUCAAGAAGGUCCAAGGUUUGGAAUAAAGUCACUUGUACAAUGUUUUCUAUGUUUAAAAACAAUACAGUAGUUGUAUUGUUGGACUCAUGAAAAAUAAUUAUGUGCACUAGCCAAUACUGAUUAGCCACACCGAAGCGACAGCCAACAGAGGAUUCAACUUGGUCCAAAAACCUUUUUUCGAUGGGUUAUUUUCACUAUUUAUGAUGACAUAGCAGUCAAAAUUGGACAAAUGAGCUCAUGUAUGGGACAAAUUCUGGACCUUUUUCAGUGAGGGGUGGGUCUUUCGAAGCACCCGAACCCCCCUUGGCUACAGGUGCAUUGCUUUACUGGAUUUAUUGUUUGUAUUUAUUUACUGGUUUGGAUCUAUUGGAGGCAGUUCUGUUGGCAACCAAGCAAGUCUUUCAUCAGUAUUUGCAUCAAAACAAUUUGCAUAUAACAUCUAGCCUAAUUUGCCUUAAACUAAACAUUCUUCAACCUUUAAGGUUGAAAACAUUUUUUUUUUUUGGUCCACGACUUGCAUUGAAUGUUAUACUGAAUAAUAAACUGACACAACUCUGA